UGAAAGUCUCUUCGUUCCUUUUCUAGUUCCCACUAUGAUGUUUUUCCCCUUUGCUUUCCCCAAAACCAAUCAAAUACUAAGACAUGCAUGAAUUAUAAAAAAUUAAUAUAAAAACUCAAAAAUUUGGUUCAACAAGGAAAGCAAGAACUUGGACACAGCACUUUGUUAGUGACAAUGGGUCUGAUCAGCUUUAUUCUGAUUUCAGCCAAAAUUUUGCUCUCUUGUUCUUUCUGGAUAUUUUGCAGACCAUCAGUGACAUUGCUUUGUCCUCUAUAUGCAUCAAUUCGGGCGAUAGAGAGUGAUACAGAAUCCAGAUACCAAAAGUGUCUUCAAUAUUGGGUCCUAUUUGGAUUAACCACAGUAUUGGAAUUUACUCUUGCAAAGCCUUUGACAGGGUUCUCUCUUUGGCAUUAUGCAAAAGGAUUAGCAUCCCUCUUGCUCGUACUGCCUCAGUUUGGUGUUGCUUCUUAUGUGUAUAUGAACUUUGUUAAGCCUUGUCUUUCCCCGAAUCCAUGCAUAGAAAAUGUCACAGAAAAGAACGAGUGCAUGCCCAUGGAGCUGUGCAGUGAUUAUAUUGAUGCAGCACCGAGACAUUUGGAGCAGGAUGAAAAGGACAACCUGCAAAGUUUUGUUGUUUAUGAGGCUGAAUCUUCUCCUUCAUGUCAUCGGACAAUUCAUCCUAAGAAAGUUCAAAUGGAGUGGAGCUGCGCGCUCUGUCUGGUGAGCGCUUCCAGCGAGAAAGGUCUAAAGCAACACAUCAAAGGUAAGAAGCACAAACUAAAGGAAGACGAAGAAAGGAAACAUGAAAUGAUCAUGGCAAGUAUAGUAGCUAAAUUUGCUUCGAAGUUGGAGGGAAGUUAUUUAACAGAUUUACUCGAGAGUUUGAACCACUUAAAAUCUCUGAAGUUUGUUGAAUUAAGAGGCUUUAAUUUGCCUAUCAGAAGACCAUUUAGGUAUUGCACUUGGAGAAAGCCUGAGCCUGGAUGGAUAAAACUAAAUACAGAUGGAUCUAUAGACCGGAAAAGAGCUGGUCUUGGUGGUUUGCUUCGUGAUUAUGAAGGUGUUGCUAUUUGCGCUUGUGUCUCUGAAGUUCCAUGUGACGAUAUCUUCUUGGUUGAGUUACUGGCUAUAUGGAGAGGUCUUACACUUGCUGUCAGUAUCGGGAUCAAAAGGAUAUGGGUAGAAUCCGACUCAAUGAGUGCAGUGAAAGCUAUUAACAAACAGCAGCCACAUAAUCAGAAGGCUGCUAGCUGUCUCCAACACAUUUGGAAAAUGUUGAACAAGUUUCAAAAGUACCAAGUCACUCACUCGUGGCGUGAAACAAACCGAGCUGCUGAUUAUUUAUCAAAGAUGGAUAUAUUAGGAAGUGACAUUGUGAUGUGGCCUACAGAUUUUCAUAAAUCCCUUUGCAAAAUUAUUGCAGAAGAUGCUCAAGGAAGCGUGUACCUUAGACGAUAAUCCAUGGCUCGGGAAAACCAUAUAUCGGAUGGGAUUCAGAUUCACAAAGAAAUUGUUAUAUGCAUCAGCUUUUUGUUGUAACAGAAGACUACCGCCUGAAGUUGCAGGCUUGCUGUCGGUGCCAACUUGUACCCACCUCGACUAAUCCACUGGAUACCUGCUACCUUCCGCCAAUACCAAUUAAAGUAGUUAAGGUCCCAGUUGCAAAUAUGUUCACUAAUGCAUCUUGUCUACUGAUGCGCUUCUUGUAAUCAAGUUUCUAAUCAAUCUUGUCUUUCUUGCCUUA